CUACUCUGACGUUUACUAAUGGCGCAGUGUCUUGUGGUCACGUGAUGUCAUCGUCCCAUGCAUCACGUGACCCAGGAAGUAGGCGUGGUUACACCAGUAGUCACAGGUUGGGAAAUAGGUUCGUGAAUUGAGGGGCACGUGGAUGGUUUAACCGGAAAAAAAAUAGAUCGUUAAUAUGGAUCACAGUGGUGAGAAGGGGAACUUAUCGCAGGUUCAGCAUGUGGUGUUGGUGCUGUCGGGGAAAGGUGGGGUGGGCAAAAGCACCCUGACCACAGAGCUUGCCUUAGCACUCCGACAUGCAGGCAAAAGGGUUGGUAUCCUGGACGUGGACCUGUGUGGCCCCAGUAUUCCCCGGAUGCUUGGCGCUGACCAACAGGCGGUGCACCAGUGCGAUGCGGGCUGGGUGCCCGUCUACACAGAUGCCCAGAAAAGCCUGGCCCUCAUGUCCAUCGGCUUCCUGCUGGAGAGUCCCGACGAGGCCGUGGUGUGGAGAGGCCCCAAAAAAACAGCCUUGAUUGGGCAGUUUGUGUCAGACGUGGCCUGGGGUGAGCUAGAUUUCCUCCUCGUGGAUACGCCACCUGGCACCUCCGAUGAGCACCUCGCAGUGGUGGAGAACCUGCGUAAACACAAGGUGGACGGGGCCAUCCUGGUCACUACUCCGCAGGCCGUAUCUACAGGUGACGUCAGACGGGAGAUCACAUUCUGUAAGAAGAUAGGCCUGCGUAUUCUGGGCAUCGUGGAGAACAUGAGUGGCUUUGUGUGCCCGCAUUGUUCAGAAUGCAGCAAUAUAUUCUCAAAAGGUGGUGGGGAAGAGUUGGCAAAGUUGACUGGAUCACCAUUUUUAGGUUGUGUGCCCCUGGACCCCCAACUCAGCGCUAGCAUAGAAGAAGGCAAGGACUUCAUCCAGGCGUUUCCAGAGAGCUCCACUUUCAGCUCCAUCAACCGCAUCGCACAGGCUGUGAUGACCAGCACAGAGGCUGUUUGAGGGGGAUGCGGGGGGGGGGGCAGUGUGGGACACUGCUGCUUUCUGUACUUUGUGUAGCUUUUGUUUUUCAAAAUGACUGAUAUAAACUUACUUAUUACCGACUAAAUAAAUUCAUGGAUAUUACUCGUUAUCUAGUACAUAUUUUUGUACUUGAUGUAUAGUUGAGUAAACUUGUAUCUCAAGAUUUUUUUUUUUGUUUGUAAUUUUCACAUGCAUGUGUGUGUAUCCAGUGAUGCAUUGGCAUCCCCCAUUCCCUGAUCCGUGUUGUCAGGGAUGGGGUCCAGAUCCCUGCCUGCAAGGCUGGACAGGAUUAACGACUGGGACACGGAUGGAUGGAUGAUGGGUGGAUGAAAGUUAAAAUUAUUGGCCACUGUGUUUGGAGGAUAUGUGUAUUUUUAAAGAUAAGUCAGAUUAAAGAGCAUUGACUAGUCUGAGAAGGUUGAUGCAUGUAGGCGCUGGAUUAGCAUAUAGACUUUGGGUUCAAUGUCGUACAUCCAUUUUGUAGGUCAGUUGCUUCAGGAUCUUCUAAUUUAUAUAUAUUUUUUCUCCAAGACUGGAAAUCAAUGAGUAUAUAUUUUUAUUUGCCUGUGGCGUUUAAAAGAAGCUUAUCCCUUCUGCUUUUAGGGAUGUAACCCUGUCCUUGUGAACAAGCAUUUAAACGUACAGUGCUGUGAAAAAGUAUUUGCCCUAUGUUUUCUUAACUUUUUUCUUCUCUAUAAUUAUGUCUGAUCUCCAACCAAAUAUAUAUGUGUAAUUCAAAGGACAGCCUGAGUAAACAGCACAGUUUUUAGA